AUGCAGACCUGGAGACCAGAGAUUGGAUUUCUUCAUGCUUUAGCAUGUAUGAUUUGCUUCAUUCCCAUUGGUGGAUUCCUCAUCAAUUCUGAAGGUGUUAUAGAAUUAAAAUUCAUUGAAAAAUCUGACCAAAACUCUGGAGCUUUGUUGCCGCAAGACGCGAGAAAUUCAUUGACAAAUGUGAUCCGUCCUGGAAGAACAGACAUAAACCGAAGAAACAAAAAGAUUGUGAAGGAUGUUUUGAAAAAUGACAAAGAUUUCAAAGAAGGAUUGCCUUCUGUUGAUGGACAAUUGAGUCCAGGAGGUUCAAAUUCAAACAACAUGCUAUCGGCCUAUGCACCAGAAUUUGGUCCACAGAAAAUAUCCAAUCCAAGAAGUGUUCCUCAAACUGAUCAACGGAGUGGAUCAAAUCAUCCACAUGAUCUGGCCUCUGGAGUGAAAAGUAAUUCUGGUGAUCGGUCUAGACCUGUGCAGAGGAUAGCAAUGGCUGGUGUGAUGGUUCCUGUUUUCACACCAUCGGUUUUGGAAUUGCAACCCCUAAUUCCAGUCCAACAUAUUGGUCAACAAUACCAUAACAUCAUGGAAAUGCAACCGGAAGUUUUAUUGCAGCACAUCGAUAAACAGAACAAACAUAUUAGCAGCGGACAAAAGGAACCCUCCAGACAAAGUUACAAUCAUAGAAAGUCGAGGCUUUCCAAUAUGAGUAGUUGUGAUGCUGAAAGUGAUGUAUCCCUAAAGCAUCAGACAACAGAUGCAAUGGCCGGACGCUUUGAGCAUGACAAGCAGGCAAUGAAUUUGGAAACGCUUCCAAUGACGAAAGAUGUGCGAAUUCAACAGAGACAUCAAAGCUCCGUGGUAGAAAACAUGAGUACAAGGGAUGGAAAAUCAAAGAAAGACAGCAUAAGCCACUUUGAACCCACUUCAAUUGGUUUAGAGGAAAGAACGCAGAAAGACCAAUCUCCUACCCAGUUUGUCAAGUUUACGGGGAGCUCGAAUAUCAAGAAUAAAGACUUUCAUCGCCUACAGAAGAGCUUGAAGCCAGUAAAUGUGAGGAUAGAAACACUCGAAGAAAAAGAGCACCAUCUGGGUUUGUCAGAACCAACACCAUUGCCACCCGUCAAAACUAGGAUCGAAUCACAUCUUGGCUCAGGAAAGAUUCCAAAGAUACCCUGGAAUGAAAUUUUGGAUCCGUUGAAAUCUAACUCGAGAACUGAGAAUCAACCGUUGAUGGAGGCACCAGAAGAAGCCCCCAGAGGUAAUCACCAUGAGUAUCAAUCAAGUGACAAUGUAGGGUUCAACAUACCAGAGACAGAAAUUCGAGGGAAGACGUCAAAGGGUAGAGACGAUUGGAUCAUACCCAAAAAGACUGUCAAGAGCAAUCAAAUCAGUAAAAUAAAUCUAUCCCAAGGUUCCGACAUCAGUGAACUUCCAAAGCUUCAACACGAAUCUUCGUCAGAUCCCCUUAAGCCACUACAACCUUUCAAAGAAUUAUCAGCAAAGCUACAAAAGUCAAGUAAAAAACAUAAGAAAAAGAACAAAGCAAAUUCAAAUUCAAAUGUCAGUAGAGUGGUUGACGAAAAUUGGGACACAGAAUUAUUGAAAGCCUUGAAAGAAACAUCUGUUGCGGAUGAAAAGAUCGAAACAGAGCAUGAAAAGCUUAUCAAGAAUGUUCAAAAGAGACUUCAAAAUAUAUUUAUCUCUCAAGCUCACCGCAAGAGUGAUGUUCCGUCUUCAAGUAGCCAUCCUUGGUACCACACUCUGAUAGAAGAGUUUGUUUGCCUAGAUAAUCAUACACCUCUCUUGGAGCUCAAGUUAAAGUCUGAAACAUAUAAACGCUUUCGCCGUGCUGAGAAAGAAUCUCCAAUGAUAUAUAAUACAAGUUUCUGGCUGAACCUGAUUGACGAGGUAUUGCUGGAUACAUAUACUUGGAUUGAACCUUCUGAAUUGCUUCGUCGUAAAAAGGCGUUCCUUGUGCAAUACCUUUUGAGAAGGGAUAGCGAGAUAUUCAAAGAACAGAAACACACAUGGAGUCAGGAAGGAAGAGAAUUUGCCACUUUACUACGUUUUGAAGACCCAUUCGAGAUGUUCCUUGACAGUACUCAGGAGGAGAUCAAGGUUCUUGAACAAACUCUCGAGGUGAUGAAAGGUUCAGAUAUAAAUGAACUUUCCAGUUAUCCGUUCAUAGAUUCCAUCAAUAUUAGAAGUAUCAUGAUCAGUCUGAGGAGCCAUGAGUUGGAGAAACAAAGCCCUUGUCGAUUCUUCGGGAAAGAAUUUUUAGAGAAAGCUUGCCAGCAAGGGCUUUACAUACCUAGGUUUCGCCAAUUUGAGACUGCCUUAGAACUUUCUGUACCAGAAGUCACGUGGAAAGGACUUCACGAGGAUGAAUUGGACGCCAAAUAUUCACAGGUGUUGUAUGUUUUGGCUGGAAUGCCUACCAAAUCGCCGAGCUCACCUGAAGACACUGAAAAAUACCUUUACUCACAAGCCGAAGUUAGUUGGAUAAAUUCACAUCUUCAACAAUUAAUCAAUAGUGAUCCUGAAGUGCUAAAACACGUCACCAAUCGUUUCAAGUUAUUACUCACGGCUUUGAAAGGAAAAAAGACCAGACCAUCACAUAAAGUAUUGCCAGACUUGAAGGCUUCAUUGAAUUUGAAACCAGAAUCAAACGUAGAACUCAUUUCACGCGAUGAAGCUUUGGCAGCCACCUUUGUAGGUCUCACGUUGGCCAAUAUAUCCCGAUUCAAAACUUGGUUAACAAUCUCACAGAAUGAAGUUCAAGGUAACCGUAGGCGAUUUAUCCAUUGGCCUGAGGCGCUACAGGAAACAGAGGAAGUAGUAGAAGCCUUGAAAAGGUAUUACGAGCUUCUAGGCAUCAAAUUAUUAUUAAAAAAAGAAGUUUCUUUGAUGUCCAUCAAGAAUAAAAAAUGA